UGUGUGUGUGAGUGUGUGUGCGUGUGUGUGUGCGUGUGUGUGUGUGUGCGUGUGCGUGUGUGAGCGCGAGCGAGCUAGUGAGAGAGAGGAGCGAGAGAGUGCGAGCGAGAAAGAAUAAAAGGAAAGAUUUUUCUCUAUGUAUAUAAAGAUGGCCACGUUAGCAAACGGACAGGCUGACAACGCGAGCCUCAGUACCAACGGGCUCGGCAGCAGCCCGGGCAGCGCCGGGCAUAUGAACGGAUUAAGCCACAGCCCGGGGAACCCGUCGACCAUUCCCAUGAAGGACCACGAUGCCAUCAAGCUGUUCAUUGGGCAGAUCCCCCGAAACCUGGAUGAGAAGGACCUCAAGCCCCUCUUCGAGGAGUUCGGCAAGAUCUACGAGCUUACGGUUCUGAAGGACAGGUUCACAGGCAUGCACAAAGGCUGCGCUUUCCUCACCUACUGCGAGCGUGAGUCAGCGCUGAAGGCCCAGAGCGCGCUACACGAGCAGAAGACCCUCCCCGGGAUGAACCGGCCGAUCCAGGUGAAGCCUGCGGACAGCGAGAGCCGAGGAGGUAGUAGCUGCCUGCGCCAGCCCCCUUCACAAGAUAGAAAACUCUUCGUGGGCAUGCUCAACAAGCAGCAAUCCGAAGACGACGUGCGCCGCCUCUUCGAGGCCUUCGGGAACAUUGAGGAGUGCACUAUCCUGCGCGGGCCGGACGGCAACAGCAAGGGGUGCGCCUUUGUGAAGUACUCCUCCCACGCUGAGGCACAAGCCGCCAUCAAUGCUCUACAUGGCAGCCAGACCAUGCCUGGAGCCUCCUCCAGCCUGGUGGUCAAGUUUGCAGACACUGACAAGGAGCGUACGAUGCGACGGAUGCAGCAGAUGGCUGGCCAGAUGGGCAUGUUCAACCCCAUGGCCAUCCCCUUCGGGGCCUACGGGGCCUACGCUCAGGCACUGAUGCAGCAGCAAGCGGCCCUCAUGGCAUCAGUUGCACAAGGAGGCUACCUGAAUCCCAUGGCUGCCUUCGCUGCCGCCCAGAUGCAGCAGAUGGCGGCCCUCAACAUGAACGGCCUGGCAGCCGCACCUAUGACCCCAACCUCAGGUGGCAGCACCCCUCCAGGCAUCACUGCACCAGCUGUGCCUAGCAUCCCAUCCCCCAUUGGGGUGAAUGGCUUCACCGGCCUCCCCCCACAGGCCAAUGGGCAGCCUGCUGCGGAAGCUGUGUUUGCCAAUGGCAUCCACCCAUACCCAGCACAGAGCCCCACCGCAGCGGACCCCCUGCAGCAGGCCUACGCUGGAGUGCAGCCGUACGCAGGACCAGCUGCCUACCCUGCUGCCUAUGGUCAGAUAAGCCAGGCCUUUCCCCAGCCACCGCCAAUGAUUCCCCAGCAACAGAGAGAAGGGCCCGAGGGCUGUAACCUGCUCAUCUACCAUCUGCCCCAGGAGUUUGGGGACGCUGAGCUGAUGCAGAUGUUCCUCCCUUUCGGUAAUGUCAUCUCCUCGAAAGUGUUUGUGGAUCGGGCGACUAACCAAAGUAAAUGCUUUGGCCGGCACCCCGUGCCCUCCCGCUGCCAGGCCCCCUCCUGUCAGGGAGGACAGUGUGCAAUAAGCUCCUCCGCCCGCAGGCUUCGUGAGCUUCGACAACCCGGCCAGCGCGCAGACCGCCAUCCAGGCCAUGAACGGCUUUCAGAUAGGCAUGAAGAGGCUCAAGGUGCAGCUGAAGCGGCCCAAAGACGCCAAUCGCCCGUACUGAGCGCCGGCGGGAGCGUCCCCCGGGGGAGACCAGGACUCGCACAGGGCAGGAUGCUGAACGGGCUACAUUAAAAACAAACCUCUUUCUCUCUCUAUUUAUAAAUGAGAACUGUUGGAUGACACCUUUGACAUAUCAGCCAAUACCAAUCAAGCUGAAGACUCCAGACACUCUGUGUGACUGUCACAUUUCUUCAAGGAAAGUAUAGCGUCUAUGGAGUGCAGAGGGCACGUGUUUGGGGAAAAAUACACAUGACAUAAAGAUGACGACGACAAAGAAAAAUGAGAUAAAACAAACAAACAAAAUCCCGCAACUUUGAAACAAAAUAACGCGAGCCCAGAUGAGGAAGCUGAAGGGCUGGGCACUGGAAGAGCCACUGCUGCUGCCAACCGAUCCUGGGGCUUUUCCAGCCCGUGGGCGCCCGAGGCAGGCAGAGGCAACCGUGCAGCGGGGCCUGGUCCCCAGCAGGCGGCUGGGAGGCCGCCACUGAGCAUCUCUGUCAUUCCUUUAGCUAUUUAGGGACCAAAGGACCAAACUUUUUAUUGCAGACGUGUAGCUCUGUCAAUUAGGGGUGGAAUGGAGGCCAAACUCCUUCCUGCCUCCUGGCUGUUCUUGAAACAGCUUUAGAGCGAUUCUAUGAAAAAUGUAAUAAAAAAAAAUAAAAAAUAAUAAAAAAAUUUAAAAAUGAACAAAAAAACAGGAAAAAAUAAUGCUUCAACGCUUUUAAAACAGCAAGAUACUAGUUCUUUGAUACUUUGAGAGGCGCUUUGAUUACCCCCAUUGAAGUCUCUGAAACUUUCCUAUGGUUUUCUGUAUUAUAUGUCUGGAUGGAGCUGUUAAGAUAAACAUACUGGUGGAUAUUUGGGGAAAGCAACAAAGAUAUUAAAUCACUAUCCGUGAAGAGUGAGAACACGUGGGGAACCAAGGGACUUCGAAGGCAAGGUAAUUGUUGUGAAACGUCUGUAAAUGCUUCUAACUCUUCCCCCCUCUUAAAACCAUAAUAGUUGUACAGAAUUUUAAAAGGAAAAGUUUAAAAUACCUAUAUCAUAGAAGAAAAAAAAUUAGAGGAAAGCAAAAAAAUAAAAAAGAAAAAAAGAAAAAAAAACCUUAUAGAAGUUAGCGUUAUGCUAAAAUCCCAGAUGUUGUAGGACUGUACUUCUGUAGAGUUUAGACUGAGCAUCGAUCCCGUCUCCCCGCGAGUGCUGUCGGACUCGGUCCCCAGGGGCCAGGCCGGACUGUCCAGACCUGCGGGCUCCAGCCGGAAGCGCCCCUCCGCUAGGAAGCGCCUCUCCGGAAGCGUCCUGCCGCCUCUCGCUUCGCCCGCCCGCCAGCCCGCCCGGGAGCCGCGCGCGUGCGCGCUCUCCGCCCUCCUCACCUCUGCUUCACUCGCCUUCUGUGCUUGUUCCGGAGACUUUCCAGGUCAGGGAGAACUGGGAACUUUUCAUCUUCAAACAACUAGACAACACACACACACACAAAACCUUAAACAAGAGAGAGAAAAACAAACAAUCUUUGAAGAAUUUCUGAAACUGUUUACAAGGAAUUUUGAAAAACAGGGAUGUUUAAAUGAUGCCGGCUCUGUUUUUCUGUAAAUAAAUUUGCAUAUUUUGUAGGACUUUUAAUUGUAAUGAUAGAGAAAAAACAAGGAAACUAUUUAAUGAAAGCACGAUAUUUAUCUUUGGUAAAUGACUUUAGAGCAGUUAAAGACAUUGCUUAAAAAACUCAGAAUCAGAAAAAACACUGAAUUAUUUAAGAACACAUAUAUUUUAAAGUAUAACAUAUUUAUUAUAAUUUAUUUGCACCCUUGGGAAGACUUGCUUUGCAUUCUGCCUCAAGAGCUUCUCAUUGAUGUUCAUCUGGAGGCCAGAGGGCUCUCGGAACUACCAUUUUUUUUUCUUUAGAACGACAAAAUUCUGGUUGCUCUCAGGCCUCCUCCCUUUUCUUUCUGUCUGUUCUGUUGUUUUACUUCAUUUAGUUUUCUUUUUCUUUCUCUUGACUCCUCCUUUUAGGAUGUCCAGAUGUUGUAAAAAAGAAAUCAGCUGCAGUUCAGUCAACUGCUCUUUUCACACUGACUCCCGAAACUCCUUGUAACCUUCUGUAACUAUUGGAUGACGCUUUCUCCAGCUUAGCCCUAAAUAAAGCACAGUUUAAAAAAAAAAAAAA